AGUUGUAACCUAGAAAAACCGUGAGAUUCUGACUUUGCAUAAUAGUGCCCAGCGGCCAUUUUUAUGUAAUACGAUGUAAUAAAUUGUUAUGCAACAAUCAUUUUGACCUCAUAAUUUGGCGGGUUGCGAUCAGUCCGUCGCCAUGGUAGCACACGCUCGCGCGCUUUCUCGUUGACAGUUCAGUGUUCGAAAUUUGAAUUUGUGCCAGUGACAUUUUAGUGCAGUGACUUUGGAUUUUAUAAAAAAAUGUGCUGAAAUCACAAUGGCGACUCUCGACACCAAUAGUAACAUAAUCGAAACACUGGACAUGAAAAUAGAGAACAGGAACGCACAGGAAAGCGCGGACAGGAGCAGGAACUUAAAACAGGAGAGACAAACGGUGAAAACAGGAAAUAAGAAGGAGAAUAAUCUAAUUCAACUCAAAAUCGACAGGAAUCAAGAGAUAAAUGGAAACAUGGAACAGGAAAAUAGGAAUUUGGAGGAAAUCGACAGGAAUCAAGAAAUAAAUGGAAACAUGGAACAGGAUAACAGGAAUUUGGAGGAAAUCGACAGGAAUCAAGAAAUAAAUGGAAACAUGGAACAGGAAAACAGGAAUUUGGAGAUUUUAAAUAAUUUGAGCAGUAAAAAGAUUGACGAGUGUUUGGAGUGUAGGAAAGAUGAGAAGAAAUUGACAGAGAUACAAAAGUUUUAUGAUGGGAAGAAUAUUAUGAUCACCGGUGCGACAGGCUUCCUCGGCAAAGUACUCAUGGAGAAACUUCUCCGCUCGUGCCCCGGCGUGGAGAAUAUUUACCUGCUGGUGCGGCAGAAACGGGGGAAGGACAUCUACACGAGGAUAGAAGAGAUUUUCGACGAUCCUGUAUUCGACAGGCUUAAACAAGACGUGCCAAAGUUUCGACACAAGGUGGUGGUGAUGCCGGGAGACUGCGAGGCGGUGGGGCUCGGUCUGUCUCUGUCUGACAGACAAAUACUUACAGAGAAGGUAAACGUGGUGUUCCAUUCGGCGGCGACGGUGAAGUUUGACGAGCACCUCCGAGCGGCGCUCGCCACGAAUGUUCGCGCGCCACUACACCUACUCAGACUCGCCAGAGAUAUGAAGGAUUUAAGCGUCUUCAUGCACGUUUCAACAGCAUACUCCAACUCCCACCUGGAGGCGGUUCAGGAGAGGUUCUACCCUUGCGGAGCCAGCUGCGACCACCUGGAGACGGUGAUAGACAAACUGACAGAUGAGCAGAUCGACCAGAUGCUGCCCACCAUCCUAGGUCCGUGGCCGAAUACCUACACAUUCACCAAAGCACUAGCUGAGAAAGAGUUGAGGAAAAACGCUGGAGACCUUCCCCUGGGUAUCUUCAGGCCGGCCAUAGUGACAUCAACUGCGAAAGAGCCGCUAGUAUGCUGGCUGGACAACAUGUACGGGCCCACGGGAGUCGCCAUCGGCACUGUAACGGGUAUCCUCCGAACCCUGCAAUGCGACGAGAAAGUCACAGCGGACAUCGUGCCAGUCGACAUGACUGUCAACUGUCUCAUGGUGGCCGCUGCUAACGUACACAAAACUUACAAAAGGUCACCGCCCCCCGAGCCCCCGAUCUUCAACUACGUCAGCUCCGUGGAGAACCGGAUCACCUGGGGCGAGUUUAUGACGCACAACCUCAAGCAUAUAGACAAGAACCCCUUCUCGAACGCUGUGUGGUACGUGUCGCUCACGCUGCACCGGUCCGCGUUCGUGAACCAGCUGUAUAUUAUCUUCUUGCAUCUGCUGCCAGGAGCGCUGGUCGACGCGUUGGCUGUGUGCCUUGGAAGGAAACCAAAGAUGUUGAAAGUGUACCGCAAGAUCCACAAGUUCUCUUCUGUUCUCUCCUACUUCUGUACGCGGGAGAUACAUUUCUGCAACCGGAAUAUAAGGAAUAUGUGGAACAGCACGCCAGACGACGAUAAACAGUUAUUCCCAUUCAGUAUGACUGAAGUGAGCUGGGAGGAGUAUUUCCAGCAGUACCUCAUCGGAAUCAGGCGAUACUUGUUUAAGGAGAGCGAUGAUACGUUGCCGCAAGCGAGGAUCAAGUGGAGAAGACUAUACUACCUACACCAGUUAGUAAGGCUAAUCUUCUCCGCUUUAGCCCUCUACGCUCUAUGGUCCAUAUUAACUACACUAUUUUAGAACCAAAGAGUUGUUGUUUUUCAAAUUAAGGACGCUAAAGCUCGCUUUUCCUAGGAUAGCGGUGCCGUCAUAUAGCGGCCGUCUCCAUACUAAAUAAUAAGGCUAAAUGUGACUUUCUACGGCAAAAGGUACCUUAUGGCGGCAGGUCGCAUAGUGCCGCAAUAAUAUUGGAGCGGCGUUCAUCAUAGCGUAAGCGCCAACCGCCAUAAGGUACCUUUAC